AUGGGCCAACCACUUGUUCAUACAUUCUUCUCCCUACAUUCUAUACUGUACCUGAACACUUACUGUUUAAGGGGCCUUUACCAGGGACAAGCGAUGGGAUUUGGAAUGGAGGACAACGAUUUCACCAUCUACACUGAUCAUCCUUCGAUGAACUUUGCUCCUUCGAAAUUAUUCGAAGAAAGCACUGGUCACACUCCUUUGCAAAAUUCUAACACAUCGAAGGUGCAGAAUCGUAACCUUGCAACGACCGAAAGUUACGAGUUUCCAGUGAUAACCGGAGCCUAUGGCACCAAUAUAAAUAGCGAGAAUGGAGGAGGUUUUGACAUCGAGUAUGCUACUCCCAAUCCUCAUAAACGAGGGUGUGAUGUUCUGAAUUACGAUAAUAGGCCAGAUAUGGCGAUAAAUAGUUCACCCGCUAAAAAGGCCAAAAAACCAGAAUCAAAAUGGCCUGAGCAUCUGCAAAAGACAUUUGAGGAUGCUGUGCAAUUGAUACCUAAAUCAUCAAUCAGAAACAUGAAAAUUUGUGGCUCAUCUUACGGCAGGAAUCAAUAUAUUUCAUUCUAUAUCAAAGAUAGGACUGGAGUUACAAGAACUUCCAAGCAAAUAUCGUCUCACAUACAAGCUCUUACUACGUCAAAGAAAAACCCUGAUCUAGCAUGUUUGCUACGGAAUGGUCCUGGUGAAUCAAGUGAAAUAUGUACCAGAUUUGAGUCAAUCUUCACCGCCAUCCUUAAUAGGCUACCAGCUAAACCAGAACAAACUGUUGACGAUAAAUCGAACAGUAACUUUGCCCAAGCAGAGAAAUUUGGAACUAGAUAUCCGGAGGAUUUACAAAAGUCGGUGCCAGUGAAAAGCUUCAAGAAUUUGAUAAGAGUUCUUUUCAAAAAAUUUGAGAUGUCUUACAUAAAUUUCGAAGCCAUCAAGCAAUCGCAUAUGUUUUCAACUUUAGAUCAUAGCUUUAUCAACAGUGAAUUGCCCGAAACUACAAUUUCCAAAGUCUUAUUGUUACAGAGUUUUCCAGUGAUUUCAAACUUGAUUCACAAAGGCUUAAGUGUUUAUGAUCAUGAUAUGGUCUCCAAAAUUCCAAUUAUCUAUGGAAAUGUAGCAAUAACCUUACCACCAUUAACUAAUGAUCUGAGUGCCGGAUGCUACAAUUUGACCACCAAAGUGGGGUUAUCGUCUCUUCCCAGAGAAGAGAAGGUUUACGCAAAAAUUACAUUGAUCACUUCGAAUAAUUUUAAAAUUCAAGAAAUUUUUCAACCCUUAGACUCCGCAUCGAAUAAAAGUAAAAAUGAAGCCGUUUUCACUGUCAAGGUUGGUGAUGACUACUGGAAAAAUUACGUUUUGAAUAAACAAAAGGAAAUGAACUAUAAUGGUGUAAACAACAUUAGAGCAAAGGAAGAAACAUUUGCUAUGGAGAUUAACUCGAUUAAGAUCCAACAAUUCAUAGUACAUUAUGAUAGGCAAACCUUGUCAAGGUAUCAUGGUGUAUUACGGCUUGACCAAAUUGAGCCAAUUGAUAUUAGGUGCAUUAUCAUUUGGAAAUUCGAGAAAGUUCUUGACCAAACUAAAGCUGUUACUUCACUAAAAAGAAUUAGCUCAAUUUUCGAUGACACGCUAAGUUCUUCGACUCCCAUCAAAGAGCCGAACUCUGAAAAUAUGGUUAUAAAUCAUAGCCGCAAAAAUUCAACACCAUCCAAACAUUCACAAUUCUUUUCGCCUCUCCGAGUUAGUAAAUUCCCAUUGUCUUUGGUUGCUAACAGACAACAUAUCAACUCUGUGCAUAAACAAGAUACUAUUGUUCAGAGCUCUAACGGUGAUAAUCAUACUCCACCGCACAGAAGAGUCUUUAAUAGGCCAAUUCUCGACUAUUCAAACAUCAGCUCAAAUGUUUCAAACGGACAAACUAAUCCGUCGAUGGAGACAGUCAUGCAUGCCAUGCUUCCUUCAACCAUCUCCUCUCAUAAUGCAUCAUCGUAUCAAACAAUGCCUUUGGGCGCCUCAAAUAUGAACUUGAUGAACACGAUUCCCGUCCGAUUGGGCGAAGCCAACAAUUCCAGAACCGUUGACACGUUCGAUUAUUCUACAGCAAACUUAUCAGGGAGACCCGACACUUCUGAUAUUACGGAAAAUUUCACCUCUAAUAUGCUCGACAACACAGCAGACACUUCUUUUGACACGAUCGAAGAAGUUGAGUCAGAAACAGAAGAAAAAGACAAAACAGCAGAACAGUCUCCACAAAUGCUCGAAAACAAAAACGUCACUAAUAAUUUUACACAAGUUUUAGCAUCGAAUAAGGAUGUACCGGCGACAUCCAUUUACAAUACUGACAGGUUCAGCGACAGUCCAGUGGUGGAUAUGCAAUUCAAGAUUCCUUUCAGCGAACCUGAUGAAUCCAUAAUGUUUGAUAAAUUCAAUCAUUUAGGGAACAAUGAUUCAGGAUUUGAUCCAUUACUCAUGGAAUACAACAAUUUGAUGUUCGGUGACAACAAUGCCAACUCUACCAGCAGAUGAUUUUGCAAAAAAAAAAUUAGGUUCAUAAUUUUCACAUCUAAUAAUGUUUUCAAUAUAAAAGAUCCAGCUUUUUUUGAUGUUUACA